AUGGCAGCAUUUGCCCGGGCUUCCCAGGUCCAUUACACUUUGGACUUGACCUGGGUGCCUGGGUCCCCAAACGGUGUGCAACGGGAACUGAUCUUUGUCAAUGACCGGUUUCCAGGGCCACCGCUAUAUGCUGACGAGGGGGAUGAUGUGACUGUUGAAGUGAACAAUCACACACCAUUCAAUACGACCAUUCAUUUUCACGGGAUUGAACAAAGAGGCACCCCAUAUUCUGAUGGGGUGCCGGGUUUGACCCAAUUCCCCAUUCAACCCGAGGGCAAUUACGUCUACAAGUGGCGCGCAAAUGACUAUGGAACAUACUGGUAUCAUUCUCAUGAUACAUCACUACUUAUGGAUGGUCUCUAUGGAGCAAUCCAUAUUAGACCAUCACCAGAUCGGGAAAAUCCAUUCUCAAAAAUAUCCAGCGACCAUAAUGAUCUCGAGGCAAUGAAAGAAGCAGAGAAAAACCCCAUUUCAGUGAUUCUUUCGGACUGGGAUCACCUGACAGGAGUCGACUAUAUGCAAGCAAUGGAAGACACCGGUUACGAUAUCUUCUGCUCGGAUAGCAUUCUUGUUAACGGCAUGGGAUCUGUCUAUUGCAAGGAUCCCGAGGAAUUGACUUCAUACCAACCAGCGCCAGCCCAAAAAGUUAUCAACGCUACUUUGACUGACAAGGGCUGUGUGCCAUUUGUGAAUACGCUACAAGGAGACUGGGAGCACCACCCCGAUAAUCUCCCUCCCGGUCUGAACUCCGGCUGCGAACCGAGCGAAGGCCCUCAUGCCGGGUUCUCAGUAGAUGCAUCGCAAAAAUGGGCAAGCUUUAACUUCAUUAGUGCGGCCGGUAUCAAGGCUCUUGUAGCCUCCAUUGAUGAGCACCCCUUAUACAUCUAUGAAGUGGACGGGCGGUAUAUCGAACCCCAAUUGGCCCACUCCAUUGAGAUAUACAACGGGGAACGCUAUUCGGCCAUGGUCAAGCUUGAUAAAGAGCCUGCUUCAUAUACAAUGCGUGUCGCGAGCACUGGAGCUCAGCAGGUAAUCUCGGGCUAUGGCACAGUUACCUAUCAGGGAGGCGAGAACAAUAAGCGUGAGUCGGAGGCAUACAUCAACUAUGGUGGAGCCCCCGUUUCGGACUCCGUGGAGCCGCUGGAUACCAGCAACUUGCCACCAUUUCCACCUAUUCGUCCAGCACGAAGGGCCGAUGACUUCCAUCUCCUGACGCUGGGCCGAAUUGGCUCCUCGUGGAAAUGGACCUUGGAUGGAUCAGAAUUGUUUCCUGCAGACCUAGAUGCGAUGUACCCGAUUAUUCACAAUCCAGACAGCCCACAACUCGCAGAUGCGCUCAAAAUCACGACAACAAACGGCACUUGGGUUGACCUGGUUUACCAAUUGGAAAUAAGCGAGCCGACAGUCGUGCAGCCUCCGCAUCCGAUGCACAAGCAUUCCAACAAAGCUUUUAUCAUUGGCCGGGGAACAGGAAAGUUCCAGUGGCCGGAUGUCAAUGAAGCAGCCCGGCAACACCCCGAAUUAUUCUCCCUUUACAAUCCACUGUACCGGGACACAUUUGUAACGUCGCCCGCUGGAGAGUCGUGGUUGGCAAUCCGAUACCAAGUGGUCAACCCGGGGCCUUUUUUCCUCCAUUGCCACACAUUGACUCAUCUACACGGCGGCAUGGGAAUGGUAUUGCUAGACGGUAUCGAUGCAUGGCCGGACGUGCCGGAGAGCUAUCUAUAG